GCGCUAACCUUCUCUGUCUCAAAUUCUGAUGUGUACCUGUUAGAUAUGGAGCACAGACGGAUCUCCGUUGCAGCAACCUUGAUGGAUUAAUCAUGUGAUUUCUGUAGAGUGUGUUAAGUGUAAAGCCAAGGUGAACUGCAUUUCUCCUCUUACAUGAAAAGUGACUGACUGCAAGAAGAAUCAGACAACAAUGUGGUCCAGGGUGUUUGUGUUUCUGAUUGGAGCUGUUUACAUCUACCAUCAGGUCCUUGCAUCAGAAGUCGUUAUACAUGACAUUGAUCUAGUCCUGGAAUUGCGUAUCCCAGUCUCCAGUGAUUCAUCAAAUUUCACUGAACUAUUCAGGAACUCUGUGAGAAAGGUCUCGCUCCCCUACACCAUCACUCAGUCUUUAAAUGUAACAGGCUUAAAUUUCACCACAGGGUGCUAUCCAAACUCCACUGGAGGACUGCAGUGUCACUGUGAGGAGCAGUUUGCGUGGUCAUGUGACCAGUGCAACAUCUACGGUGCGUGCAGCAAUGCAACCAGCCAAACCUGUGGGUGCAUAAAUGGACUUCCGUCUGAUGGAGCGCUCUGUGAACCAAUCACAAAUAUCACUCAAUGUCUAACCCCACCUCCUGCACCAAGAACAAACGCAACAACAACAAACCCAACAACACUAAUGACUACAGCACCACCCACAACAACACCCUUGACGACAACACCAAACAUAACACCAAUAUCAAUAAUGACAACAAACACAACAUCAGAAACAACACCAACAUAUGUAAUAACAUCAGUGACAACCCCACCAAUGCCGACAACACCAAAUACAACAACAGAAGUGACAACAAUAAAUACAACAAACACAUCAACACUAUUUACAACAACAACACCAGACACAACAAGACAAGUGAUGACAACAACUACAGCAACCAGGACAACUACAACAACACCACUAAUGACCACAACGUCCAUGACAACAAUAUUACAGACAAAGAACUUGUCGUUUACCAUGGACAAAGAUUUUGAUCCUUCAUAUAAUAACUCUAACAGUACCGUUUACAAAGAUGCUAACAACGCUAUUCAAAAACAAUGUAUGGAGCACAUUUCAACUCUAGUAUCAGUCAACAUCAUCGAGAUCAAGAGUGGAAGCACCAUCGUUGACUAUGCUAUAAGAGCAAACUCUAUAAAUGAUACAGAAAUUGCUGCAGUAAAAUCAGGGGUAUUUUCACAGCUGGGAAAAAUAUACCCUGUGAUAUUUGACAGCCCAGCACCCUUAACGUUUGAUCCACCUUCAGUAAUUUUUGGGGAAAGUGUGACUGUGACAUGUGGCCCUCCACCAUUGGAUCUCAAUUUCAGUACCAUCGCGACUGCAGAGUGGACAUUUAAUGACACUAAUAUACUUGAAGAUAGUGAUCACCACUUUGGAACUGCAAAUGGAACAGCAACAUUAACUGUGAAACAAUUUUUUAUCACUGAUGUUGGAAGGUAUCAAUGUAUGCUGAAAGACAGUGGGAGCCGUGGAAUAUUCAGACAGAUAUCCACCGGAACAUACACUUUCCAAAACGAACCCUUGAUCCAAGUGAAACCGAUGAAACAACUAAUCCAAUGUGGUGCCGUAACGUCAGUGACACUGCAGUGCUCUGUCAACAGCCCCUAUAAUGUUGUGUUUAAUAAAGAAAAUUCUACUACAGGCAUUAGAUGUGUCAAUGAUCCUGUGUAUGGUAGUGGAACUCUUAAUUACGUGGCUGAAGCUCCCUGCGAACCAAACUAUGUGGGAACAAAGACAGCUGUUUGUGGGAGCGAUGGUCAGUGGGGAAAUAAACAAGACAACUGCAUCCUACAAAUUGUCCAGCAGCUGUUCCAGCAGUCUCAGGACUUGAAUAACAAUUCGUUUCCAAGAUUCUUGGAAAAACUCAGCUCUGCCACUGUCAACUUGACAGAGCAAGUUGUUGACUCUCCUGGAACCAUUACCGCCAUUGUUCAAAUACUCAACAAUGUAGCCAACGUGUCAUUAUCACCAAAUAUCUCAAUAACUGAAACUUCAAUGAAGAACAUCCUAUUAACUGCAGGUGUCCUAACCACGAAUGGCUCAAAGACAUCAUGGGGCUAUCUGAAUGGCAACGACACCAGCAACAUCACAGCAACACAAAGAAAAAGUGUCAGCUCAGCAUUUUUGCAGUCCCUUGAGACUAUAACAAGUUAUCUUACCAAUGACUCUUUCAAUAUUGACACACCUUCAAUUAUCUUGAACAAAACUACAUUUAAAAACACUUUCAUGGCAGACUUUGAUUCCUCUGUGGAGAUAGACAUACCAACGUCUGAUGGAAGAAGUAAGUUUAUCACUGUGGUAACAUUUGCCUCAAUGGAUAACGUGCUCCCUGCAAGAGACAAAGGAAAUUCAUCCAUCUACGUCAUCAACGGGAGAGUCGUACUUGUUCAGUCCAGUGGUACCGUCGAUAAUGUUUCGUUCACAUUUGAUAUUAUAAACAAUACUCUGGGGAACGCUCAGUGUGUUUUCUGGAACUUCAGCCUCUUCAGUGGUCUCGGGGGAUGGGACAAUGGGGGCUGCGUGUUGGUAUCCAGCAACACCAAUGUCACCUGCAACUGCAACCACCUGACCUCGUUCUCUAUCCUUAUGUCACCUAACACCAUAUUUGACAUUGUGUUGGAUUACAUUACCUACAUUGGAGUUGGCAUAUCUAUGGCUUCCUUGGUCAUAUGCCUCAUUAUUGAAGCUAUCAUCUGGAGAAAAAUAAGAAGGAACACCACAUCUUACUUGCGUCAUGUUUCCAUUGUUAACAUCGCUGUGUCUCUCCUGAUUGCUGACAUCUGGUUCAUUAUUGGGGCCGCCAUCUCAGAUGCAAAGACAGUAAACCAACCAGCAUGCACUGCGGCUACAUUUUUUAUCCAUUUUUUCUACCUUGCCCUGUUCUUCUGGAUGUUAGCCUCAGCUCUGCUGUUGUUCUACCGCACAGUCAGUGUCUUCGAAGGGGGUUUGUCUAAAACAUCUAUGUUGGCUAUUGGAUUCUCUCUAGGCUACGGGGGCCCUCUCAUCAUCGCUGUCAUAACUAUAGCUGCCACUGCACCCCAAAAAGCGUACAUCCGAGACGCUGGGGUCUGCUGGCUCAACUGGGAUAAAUCCAAAGCUCUACUGGCAUUUGUGAUCCCUGCACUGACAAUAGUGGUGAUAAACCUGUUAAUACUGCUUGUUGUGAUUUACAAAAUGUUGAGAAGAAGGGCAGGAGACUCUUCACAAGCAGCUGAAAGACAUGUAAUGGUGGUUAUUGCAAGGAGUUUGGCUGUCCUCACACCAUUUUUUGGAUUAACUUGGGGUCUGGGAGCCGGAACCCUCGCCGACCCAACAAAUAGAGGAAUCAGUAUUUCAUUUGCGUUGUUCAAUUCGCUGCAGGGUUUCUUCAUAUUGGUGUUUGGAACGCUGUCGGACAAAAAGGUGUGUGUCUCAAUUACAAUUUUUAAUCAAUAG